GCCACGUAGAGAUUCGGAGCAACGCAAAUUCGUCAAAUCAAUCAACCACCAUUCCAACAUUCCCCGAAUUCAUUUCCAGGACACGAGGGUGGUUACCCUUGCCCCCAUCACUCUCAUUCUCCGACGUUUGUUUCAUUCGGAGUUUUGUUAUCGGCGGCGUGAAUCGUGAUGGCGGGGCAAUCCCGUAAAUGGAUGAUUCUGAUGGCGACGAUAUGGAUCCAGGCCUUCACCGGUACCAAUUUCGACUUCUCGGCUUACUCGUCGGAGCUUAAGAAGGUUCUGGAUAUUUCGCAGAUGGAAUUGAACUACCUGGCCACCGCCUCCGACUUAGGGAAAGCGUUUGGGUGGUCGUCGGGACUGGCGCUCAUUUAUCUGCCGAUAUGGAUGGUAAUGUUCAUCGCGGCUUUCAUGGGGUUAUUCGGUUACGGGGUUCAGUGGCUCCUCAUUCGUCGUAUAAUUACUCUCCCUUAUUUUCCGGUAUUUCUACUGUGCUUAUUGGCAGGAUGUAGCAUCACUUGGUUCAAUACAUUUUGCUUUGUCCUAUGCACCCAAAACUUCCCCACAAAUCGACCUCUAGCCAUCUCUCUCACUGUAAGCUUCAAUGGCGUAAGUGCAGCCUUAUACAACCUCGCAGCCAAAGCCAUAGACCCAACCUCCUACUCCCUCUACCUUCUUCUCAACGCCUUCAUUCCCCUCUUCACCUCUUUUGCCGCCCUCAUCCCAAUUCUCAGGCAACCACCAGCAAGUUCAAACCCAAUUUCAACUGAAACACUCCGCCAUGAUCGAAUCAUAUUCAUCAUCUUGUUCAUCUUUGCUGUCAUCACAGGUAUCUAUCUCGUUGCCAUCCCUCCAAAUCCUGCAAAACUCUUCUUUGCUGGUGCCAUCUGCCUCCUUGUCCUCCCCUUAGGAGUCCCGGGAAUGGUUUAUGCUCGAAGUUGGUUUACACAAAAUGUAACCCCAAGAGUUAUCAAACGAACAAGCUUCAUGCUUGAUGAUGAUGAUGAUGAUCUUGGGCUCCGUAAAAAGCUCAUCAAUGGUGGCCAUGAUGAUGAUGAUGAUGGAGAUGGUAAUGGGUGUUGGGAGAUGGUAAUAAUGAGUGACAGAUUGGCGUUUCUUGAGGAAGAGCAUGAUAUGAAGAGGCUCCUAUUUAGGAUUGAUUUUUGGUUAUAUUACUUUGCAUACUUUUGUGGUGGAACAAUUGGGCUAGUGUACAGUAACAAUCUAGGCCAGAUAGCUCAAUCUCUUGGUUUAGCUUCGACUACUUCCACACUCAUCACACUCUAUUCCUCUUUCUCUUUCUUCGGCCGCUUACUUUCAGCAGUUCCAGAUUUCUUGAAAGCGAAGUUGUAUGUGGCAAGGACCGGAUGGCUAGCCAUAGCACUGGUGCCAACACCAUUAGCAUUUCUCAUGCUCUCGUUGACAGAUGCCAAGAUAGCGCUUCAAAUUGGAACUUGUCUCAUUGGUUUAAGUUCGGGUUUCAUUUUCUCAUCAGCCGUGUCAAUUACAUCAGAGCUUUUUGGACCUAAAAGUGUUGGUGUUAACCACAACAUUCUCAUCACAAACAUCCCAAUUGGUUCCCUCUUUUAUGGUCUUGUUUCCGCCUUUGUUUAUGAUGGAAAUGCUCUUCUUAAGACAGCAUCCGUUUGUAUGGGAAGAGACUGCUAUUUUGGUACGUUUGUUUUGUGGGGUUGUGUUUCCGUUUUGGGGUUGGUUUUAAGUGUGUUGUUGUUUCUAAGAACUCGACAUGCUUAUGCUCGACUUGAACGUAACCAGAUUUCUCUAGUAUCAUGAUUCAUGAUAUAUCUGGUUACAAAUUGUUCGGUUUUUACCUCUUUUUGUAUCACGGAUACAAAGAGAACCCAUACUUUGUCCAUACCCUGGUGAACUUUCAAGGGAAGGUUGCAUUCCCCUUAGGUUCAUAAAGGAAGAAUGUUCAUACCAUGUUGUAUAAAUUUUGUGUUUAUAGUAUAUACCUGUUUCACUGUUUGUUCA